AUGAACCCAGCUCUCGCCGUGAGCGGCAAGGGCAAGGCGGGCAAAGUCGACGCCCGGAAAAAGCCCGAGAAAGAGCAGAAGAAGGUCAUUCGUUCGCACCUCAAGCAGCCCAAGCAAGCGCCCUCUGCGUGGCAGCUCUUCUUUGCCGAGGAGCUUUCCAAGCUCAAAGCGCAGAAGCCUGAGGAGCGCCUCAACGUCGCACACGUCGCCAAGGGCGCUGGCGAGCGCUACAACAUGCUACCUGACUCGGAGAAGGCCAAGUACCACAAGGAAAGCCUGAGGCUCAAGGCGCAAUGGGAGAGGGAUAUGCAAGCCUGGAAGGAAAGCCUCAGCCCCGAGGACAUCAAGCUCGAAAACGCGUACCGCACGCAGCAGCGCAAGGCCGGCAAGAGCAGGAAGAGCAACCUCAAGGACCCGCACGCACCCAAGAAGCCGUUAUCGGCAUACUUCCUCUUCUUGAGGGCCAUCCGCUCAGAUCCUAAGAUGACUGACGACGUCUUCGGAAAGGAGGGCGAGACGACCAAGCAGAGCGUCCUCGCCGCUGCCAAGUGGCGCGAGCUGAGCGACACGGAGAAGCAGCCAUUCCUCGCCAAAGCCGAUCAAGACAAACUGCGGUAUGAAGAGGCGCGCCGCGUGUACGAAUCUGCACAGGCGCGCGGCGUCCCGCCCGCCGAGGCAGCCGCCGAGGCUGAGCGUGCCGGCAAGGCGGCCGCGCAGGCAAUGGCGGACAAGAAUCCGACGCUGCAGGCGCUGCAGGCCGCAGGCCUGCCCGCUGGGAUCAGCUUCAACAUGGACGACGAGAGCAACAACCCCAAGCAUCACCUCAACACCGCCUUUGACGACGCCGACGACAGCGACAGCCGCGAUCAGGUCGGCAGGGACCAACACCUGCAGACCAAGGGCUCUGGUCGCGCCGGAACCGGCUCGCGCGCCACCAAGGCCGAGCGCAUUGGGUGA